CGUCUCAUGCCAAACGCCCAAUUCCAAUUCAUCAAAGCCCUAAUUCUUCGAAUCAACAGCAGACCUAAUUCCGCCGGUUAGCUCGUUAUCGUCGGCGGCCUCUCCGGCUGGAGUAAUUGUUCAUUUUGCUUUGUCGCUAUCGUGCAAAAAAAAGUUUUUGGGUGCAACUCUGAGCAGUCAUGAUAUUGAGCAACAAUUUAAUCCAGAAAACCCAAUACGAGAUUAUCGGCAUCAAAGAAGAUGCUAGCCACGAAGAAAUCCGCAAAGCCUAUCGAUCCUCCAUUCUCAAUUAUCAUCCAGACAAACUGCAAACAACAUCAGAAACUCCAAAACCCGAGAAUAAAUUUUUAGAAGUACAAAGGGCUUGGGAAAUACUCGCCGAUCCAAGAUCUCGAGCCCUUUAUGACAACGAACUGCGUACGUUAAGACAGGAUACUGUAACUGCAGAGGAUAUCCAGUUAGAAGAUCUGUCAGUUGAAGAUGGCGACAGUUGUUUCGAACUUUACUACCAUUGUAGAUGUGGUGAUUACUUCUCAGUUGAUUCCUCUGAGUUGGUAGAAAUGGGGUGUCUGUUUACGAGGAACGGGAGUAAAAUUUCUAUACAGACACCAGAAUCUUUAGCUGCGUCGGUUAUUCUUCCGUGUGGAUCGUGCUCACUUAAAGUACGGUUAUUAAUUGACGGGAAUACUACGCUCGAGACUCAGUUGCCGAAUAGUUGAAUUUUUUUUGCCAAAUAUAUAUAGGAAGAAUUAGUUGAUUUGGUCACAUAAUGCCAUGAUUAUUUAAUUUUCUUGAAUUAUAGGAUUGGAAUGCAUAUUCAUGCCAGCUGGUUGUAUGUAUAAUGUAUUGAUUGCUGAAUGAUGAGAUGAGACUGAUUCAACUUUGAGAAAGGAAUUUUUAUGGUAUCAAAUCAUUCAUUAUCUAAUAAAUAAUAAAGAUUAGGUUAAUCACCAAAUCUUGAUUUUAUUUA